GGUCCGUCCUUGUAGUAGGUGGGUCUCACACAAAGGCCAUUCUUUCCUUGAUCUCAGACAGACAGACGGAUACAGGGCGUCAAUCCCUCCGCCCCCACCCACUUACGCCCAGUCCUGCGCCCGUGACACACCAACUCUGACAUGAUGCCGAGAGGCCCGGGUCCGGAUUAAGCGGGACACGCACGGGUCCCCUCUCCCCGACGGCCGGGAUCCUGGACUCUGAAUAGAUCGAUUAAUUGGUGGCCUGGCUGAGUGGCCCGGCAUCAUGGCCAACAGCGACUGGGUCUCGCCCAAUCUGUCGGUGGUGACGCCCGAUCAGGAGGCGGGUGGGCCGGCCAACGGCUCGAUCGGGCCCUCGGGCGGUCCCACGCAUUGCUCCCUGCCCGCGCCCAUUUGGACCCGCCCGGGCCCGCCCGAGGCCUUGGACACGGUCACGGCCGUGAUUUGCGGGCUGUACUUGGUGUUCGGAUUGGUGUGCACUUUCUUCGGGUAUCGUUGCUUCAAGGCCUUGAUGUUCUUCACGGGCUUCAUUUUCGCGUCCAUGGUGGUGUACUUGAUCUGCAUCGAGGAGGACCUCUUGCCCUUGUGGAGCAACACUUUGAUCGCGGCCUCGGCCGGCCUUUUGUUCGGGCUGAUCACGCUCUUGGUCCAGUAUGUGGGCUUGUUCAUGCUGGGCUUCCAUUCGGGCUUGUGGUUGGCCUUGAUCGGGCUGUGCGCGGCCCAUCCGUGGCUCCAACCCGCCAGUCCCUGGAUCUCGCUGGGCAUUCUCCUGGCCUCGGGAUUGAGUCUGGCCCUGCUCAACCUGGGAUUUCAAAAAUCCAUGACCAUUUGUGGGUCGGCAUUAUAUGGUGGAGCUAUUCUGGCCGCGACGUUGGAUUAUUUCCUGGAAAGUUCGGUUAUGCUCCUCUGGGUUUGGGAUAAAGUUCGGGUCCGCGACUCGGUCCCGCCAUGUUGGUUUUCCUGGGCUAUUUUGGCCGUCUGGCCAUCGGCCAUGGUUUUGGGCAUUAUAAUCCAAAGUUUGGUGACUGGCCGUGGCACGUAUCAUGAGAAGCAAUUCCCGCCUCCGAAUCAGCGGAGACCCAAAGCCGAAACUCGAGAAGAGCGCAAACAGAGGAAAUACAGAUAUCUCUAUCAGGUCAGAACUUGUCAUGGUGACGUCAUCACUCAGCCAAUACCCAACAAAUAUGUUCAACAAGUCAACGAAUCGACUUACACUGCUUGAAACCAACAAAAUGACCUAAAAUGAACUCAAUCAAAGCAAAUCUCUACGUACGGAAACAAAUCUCUCCCCCCAACUCCUAAGUCAACCACCGCAAACGAACAAAAAACAAAAAGAAUCUUGUUCCGCGUAGCUUUCUUUCAGUGUUCAUAGAACUGACAAACGAGUGGAGUGUGUUCACGUCCUAUUCAUCGUCUUUAAGCAUUGAAUAUUUUUGUUACCCAACGAGAUGUCUCUUGUCUCCAUCUCGUUGUCUCUCAACUCUCUUCUCAUGUGGUCAGUUAUCGAUGUUAAUUCCAGAAUUCUGUGAAUCAAGACGUUUCAACCCCCCCCCAAAUAUCGACAUGUCUCGCUUGGCUAAACCAAUUUCAAGUUGGCGAGCAUGCAUACACUCUUAUUGACGAUUUCUCCUCGUCAUCUUGUAAUGGAACUCUUGAAGAACGUCUCUUGAUGAGUAAAUAAAUAUUAUGCUUGUAA